AUGACAUAUUCCGUUGCAGCGAAACGAGCGGUUCGUGUACCCACGUCUUUGCUUCGCCAGACCACCUUAACUACCGGCAUCUCGUCUCCUGCCUGCCGAGGCUGUCGGCCGUUCCAUGCCUCCGGCAAAGACAAGGCCGUCGAGGCCAUCGAGGCCGUCGACUCCCGCGCCCACCCGGCCCAGGUAGCGGCAUCGUCAUCCCUUUUCGGCAGGAGUCGGACCGCCCCGUCGCCCUUGAGGCCGGUGCCGGGAUCGACCCAGCUCGAUGUCCAUCGGCAGUUAUAUCGACCCGGUUUCUACGAGACCGUCGCGCGGAUCAUGAAGCUCCGCGCCCGCUACAUCGAGGACCGUGCUGUCUUCAUCGAGAGCCGGGAUAUGCUACCCCUCCUCCUCGGACUUGGCGCCGACCCCGGAGACCUCGCCGGCAUGCAGACCGUCAGCGACCGGCUCUACCACGACCCGACUCUCCCCUUCCGCCGUUCUCGUAACGGUCGCUUCUGUAUCGACUUCGACACCCGCAGCCUCCGCCGGCUCGAAUUCCAACCCUUCAAGCUCACGGCCGAGGAAGACUUCAAGCGUCACGACUCCGGACAGCUGCGAAGGUUCGACGAAGUCCAGGAUGAGCUCCAACUCAAUUCCGUCUUCCAAGCUCUCUUCGCCUUCAAAGCCCUCAUGCUGCACGGCGUUCCCACGACGCAACGACCCAAGCUCUCAUACGACAGCCAAAAAUGGGUAUGCACCCUCUUCAACCUUCGGACUGUCACCACUCCAGAGCUCGUGGGUGAACCCGCCCUCGAAGGUGUUCAUUCCGACGGCGUCGACCACACCAUGACCACAUUUCUCAGCAGCAACAACAUGGUCCCCGGCAGCGCCGCUACAUUCAUGCACGACAUGGCAGAAACGACGGGCAUCCCCUUAUCCGACGUCUCACCACACCACAUCCUGUCUCGGGUCCAGCACAAGACCUUUCUUGAUACUCUUCUCAUUGUCGAUCACGAACGCAAGCACAGUCUCUCCCCCGUGUGUGCCAUCGACGAAUCCAGGCACGCUACACGCGACAUGCUCGUCUUCUUCACCCGCAAACCGGUCGAGGCCUCCCACGUCUCCGGCUCGAUCGAUUCGCUUAAACCGCACCGCGAAAUGCCCAUGGAGAUACCCCUCUACGUUCCCGCCGCCCUUUAA